UUCACACUUCACAGUUCACAGAGAAUCUAUUGCUAAUUACAAAUUUGUAUUUUGUGUUUAGUAAUUAUUUAUUUUGCCCUUUGAUUAAAUGUUUCGCUUAUUACUCGUAACAACGAUAGAAAGUAGCAUAAAUACUUCUUUCUAUACUGUGAUAAAACUUAAUCACUCAACACCUACAGCGGCAAUAACAAUGGCUCUUCGUAGCGUAGACUUUGAAGUUUUUGGUAAAGUUCAAGGUGUUUUUUUUCGAAAGUAUACUAAAGAGCAAGCUGAUAAAUUAGGUUUAAAGGGUUGGUGCAGAAACACAUCUAGAGGAACUGUGGAAGGACAAUUGGAAGGUCCCACAGGAAAAGUUGAUGCCAUGAUGCAAUGGCUGAAGUCUACUGGUAGUCCAAGCAGUAAAAUUGAUAGAGCAAUUUUUAGCAAUGACAAAGAUAUUAGUGAAUUGAACUAUAACACCUUUGAGAUUCGUCGUGACAACUAGUAGAAUUAUGUGUUAUUUUAGCUGACAUCAAAUUAUUAUUUUGUUUAUGUCAGUUUAUGUAUUUGCUGACAGGAAAAAUAAUGCUCUCUUGGCAUGUAGAGUGCUCCAGUUAUGAGCAAGGAUGCAAAUAUCAAAAUAUUUGCUUAGACAAUUUAUAUGUCUAGAUAGAGUGUCUUGCUGCUGGACAACCGAUGAAAACAGGCCAGGUUUUUUACUUUAGUGUGUUGCACACUCGCGAUUUGCAUGACAAUGUGUUAGUUUGCGCGCAUUGCUCAAAAUAGAGGUAAAUUACUGACAACCCUAGUAUAUUUUUUUCAACGUUUUCACAGCUGUCACAGUCUAUCUAAACAUAUAAAUUAAACAUACAAGCUCGCACACUGGUGUGCAUGAAUGUAUGUUGACAUCGCAAACCUAUAUCUUUCUGUUCAGUGCAUGACAGUGAUUGUUCAAUGGUAUUUAAUGAAGUUGUGAUGAGCAGUGAAUUAUGUUAUCAAUUGUUUUAAAUAAAUAUUACAAAGAUUUCGGUUUUAA